AUGGCAGUACCACAGUACCAGCAUGCGGUGCCGCCGCCGGAAGAGAGAGGAAGGGAAAAGGAUAGGGAUUCCGAUGAUAAUCUGGUAGACGGUAUGGGAGAUGACGGAUCCGAUAAAGAAAUGGUUGAUAUUACCGCAGAAGCUGGUGAUGCGACAGCUGUAUCCCCUCUGAAAAGGAAACGAAGAAGGAGUCGAAAAGGGAUGGACAAGAAAUACGAGUGUACACACGCCGGCUGCGGAAAGUCGUACUCGAGAGCUGAACACUUAUAUAGGCAUCAGCUAAAUCGUAAGUUCUGGUUCUGGUCCUUGUUAUUUCUCCCCUCGAAACGUGUAAAAUCCGCAGUGUCUGAUUUAACUAACAUGAUCAUGCAUGGUGCCCCAGACGAACCGAAGCAAAUAUAUCAUUGUAGCUAUCCGGACUGUACCCGCUCGUUUGUGCGACAGGAUCUUUGUCUGAGACAUCAAGAACGACAUACCAACCGAGGCUCCCAAUUACAGCGGAAAGAUAUGAUGCAAAACUCGAACGGGCCUGUUAUAAAACAGGAGCGGAAAAACUCGAUCUUUAAAGCUUCAGCUUCCCCAGAUACCUCAGGCGCAAUCAUGAAGGAUGAAGUUCCGUCACCAAGUCUUGCUGUCAAAACCGCGAUAUCGCCUAGCACAAUGUCGGGUUCGAGUACAUCUAGCAAACAAGCUGACUCGAAAGCGAAAGCCCGAAAACCGGUCGCCCAUGAUACGAGUAACGCUAGAAUGCGGAAUGAACAACGUCCUGGUGGUACAGUAAUGUCGCCGACAACAGCGAACGCUCGACGUGGCAGUAUAGAUCUCUCGAGGAAACCUGAUACCGGACCACAAGGACAAUUUGCUGGAAUGGGUGUCAUAAACAAUCAACCACAAGCGACUGCUAACAAUAACUACAAUCGACCAAAGCUACAGACCAAUAUUACAGCUCCCAAUAUCGUUGGGCUCUCGAUUCAGUCACCUUAUGGCCCGCAAACCCCUCACUCGGCGAAUCCUUAUAUGCCUUCCCCGCAGCAGCGACAAGCACAGCAGUGCCAAACCCCAACUGAAAGUACUAACAGUAACUACAGUUCUGGGCAUAUGCUUCAUAACGGAUAUAUUCCGCAAAAUGCCUUCCAGCCAUUCUCUUUACCUCCUCCUUCAUAUCAAACCAUGGCGCAAGCCCCAGCCAACCAAAACUUUGGUGUAACAUCACCUCCAGCGAGUAAUAACUCCGCAGAUCACAAUGUAGGAGCUGCUACUACAGCUGCUAGUAGUAUAACCCAAGCUGUAGUGGACCCAACUCAGUUCUCGGUUCCGGUUUUCGGCGGGGAUAGCUACAAUAGAUCGCCAUUCAUGAUUACCGACGAUUUCGCUGCUUGGUUGUUUGAGGACUCAGCAUUUGGUUUCUCACAAGCAGGUCGUUCUGCUAACUUGGCCGCAUCUUUCCUCGAUGGAUCCAAUCCUUUCCUCAGCGGCCUUUACUUGGGAGACCCGGCGUUCCCCGCGCAGCAAAAUAUCUAUGGGACACCAUAUCAUCAUCCUAUGUCUGUUCCAAGCAUCCUCGCACCUCCUUCACCACCACAAGAGUCGCUACUAUCGGAGCACAAGCGUCAAGAUCUCGUUGACGUGGUCAGCACUUACCCAGAUUCCUCCAUCCCUAGCCACUGUACUUCGCACUUCGCGACUAUCGCAAACCUUGUAAAUGGGAACGGGGAAGACGAUGAUGUGUUUGGAUUGAAUACCAUGCAACUGUACAUUUCGCUCUUUUGGCAACACUUCCAUCCACAACUUCCAAUUCUUCACAAGCCAACUUUUGCAGCGGACAAGACAGAAAACAUUUUGUUACUUGCCAUAAUUGCAAUUGGUGCUGCUUGUGUCGACCGUAUUACAUUCCCUGAGUUAUCGGGUGCGGCUGCAGAUCUAUCGUGCGUUCUUGCGAUGAAUUUGAGAUGGCAGAUAUUUGAUCACGCGGAUUUCCGCCCUCCAGCAAAGUUGUGGAUCUUCCAAGCAUUGAUACUAUUAGAGACCCACGAGAAAAUGUACUCGACAAGACAGCUUCACGAAAGAGCUCAUAUUCAUCAUGCUACAACACUCACUCUUAUGCGCAGAGGCAGUUCUUUGCAAGGAAGGUGUGCACUUGACUCUCCUCCAAGCAUCAAAGACGAAAAAACGGGCUCUUCAGGUCAUGGCUCGGGUGCUUCGACUCCUGACGAAUGGUGGAAUCAUUGGAUCGUUAGCGAGGCUACUAAGAGAGCUGCAUUCGCGGCAUUUGUGCUCGAUUCAGUGCAUGCGACUAUGUUCGGACAUUCAGCUGUUAUGGUAGCACACGAAAUGAGGCUCGCUCUUCCUUGCGACGAGGCACUUUGGACUGCAACAUCCUCGGCAGAAGUUGGUCGUCUAAAGCAGGCGUUGUACAACAAUGGAGUCAAGCCCACCAUGUUCUUGGAAGGCUUGAAGAGAACCCUAAACGGACAAACAGUCCGAACCAACUCAUUCGGAAGAACCAUCAUUAUGUCUGGGUUAUUGAGUGUGAGCUGGCAUAUGAAUCAGCGAGAUCUCCAAGUCAAUUCAUUGGGCGUUGCCUCAGCUCUGGGAGGAAAAGAUAAAUGGAGAGGCGCACUAACUCGGGCGUUUGAUUUGUGGAGAUCGGACUUUGAUAAGUCCCUUCAAUCCAAGAUGCCGGCUGGAGAACGAGGGACCCAUGACGAUGCAAACUUCUAUGUCCCGAACCAUGACGAUCCGGAACACGACAACAUUUUCGAAUCACGGACCGUAUUGCACCACCUGGCCCACAUGGCGAUGCACGUUGAUAUUGUCGAUCUACAAAUCUAUGCUGGAGCAAAGCGUCUGCUAGGCAGGUCUAUUGGAGGAAACGACUCCACUCUAGCAUCAAAGAGGAUGAAAGAUUGGGCAAACACAGCUAGGGCGAGAGACGCAGUUUACUAUGCCCUCCAAUUCUUGAGACAGGUCCUGCUACCCGCAGUCCCGACACUACCGGGCGAGGAUAGCUCAUCUGCCGCCACCCUUUAUGUUGCGCGAGAUGACUAUUUACUCAAUAGGCCAUGGGUUUUGUAUUUUGCAACUCUCGUUGUCUGGGCAUAUGGGGUUGCUCUCGAUGGACCACUCCUAGCACCCAUCUACGUCCCGCAAACACUCCAAGAAAAACAUCGCGACAUGCGCAGCUACCUCGUUCGAGUAGGACACCGUGGGUCACCCGACGAGCUCUCCGAAAUCGUAGACCGAAACCGCAAUCUCGGUCUCCUCCUUGUUCUCCAAAAAAUGUUCGGCGAAAUGAGAUGGGAAUUGUUGCAAGAAGCCUCCAAGCUCCUCGGACAGUGCAUCGAAAUUUCUAAGGGAAUCAUCCCACCCGCAAAAAUCAAAAUCUAA